AUGGCAUUUACGGAAAAAUUUUGUGAAUCUGAAGACGAUAAUUACGAGUGGGAAGCUAUUUUAGGAGAACAUUUUGACGAAGAUAAUGACAAUUUCUCUACAGGGUCGGUGAACUGGAUCGCGAAGACAGGGUCGGUGAACUGGAUUGCAAAGAGGAUUGGUGAACUGGAUUGCGUAGGCAGGGUCGGUGAACUGGAUCGCGAAGGCAGGGUCGGUGAACUGGAUCGCGAAGACAGGGUCGGUGAACUGGAUCGCGAAGACAGGUUUGGUGAACUGGAUCGCGAAGACAGGAUUGGUGAACUGGAUCGCGAAGACAGGAUUGGUGAACUGGAUCGCGAAGACAGGAUUGGUGAACUGGAUUGCGAAGACAGGAUUGGUGAACUGGAUCGCGAAGACAGGGAAUUACUUCGUGAAGCUGGUGUUUUGCCGUUGCUGGUAUUCCUAAUGCAACAUCAAUGUGAAAAGAUUCAAAUCUAUGCCAUCAAUGCUCUAUCCAAUCUUGCCCUUAAUUACAACAACCAGAAACAAUUACAGGAUUUGGAAUGUGGAGUGAUCGCCAUAAAACUACUGAAUAAUGAAGAUAAUUGUGAAGAAUUACAGUUGUCUUUAUUAAGAGUAUUAACCAACCUAUCAGUGUCAGAAGAACAGCAUUCAUCUCUCCUUUCUGUCAUACCAAUGUUGUUUCAUCACUUUUACCGUGGGUGUUGUGAAGAUGUUCAGUUGCAGAGUUUGAAAAUACUUGUUAACUUCUCAUCAAAUGAGGAAGCUUUUCCAUAUAUGAUGAAAGCUGAGAUUGAGAAAACUUGUUUUUUUGAAUCUUUGUCAUCAAAGAGCGAGAAUGUACUACUCCGGCACGUGAAAUUUUUAUCAAACUUAGUGCAAUUGAAAAAAAGUCAGAAUAUUGAUGUGAUGGAAUUUAUACAGGAUGAUUGUCAGUACAAGAAGACAACAUGUAUUGCUAAUCUCUUAUAUGGUAAUGAUUCAGACAAAACUAUGCAGCUAUUGUUUACACUCUCAAAACAUGGUAAUAUAGAAAUACGGAAUUAUGCGUCCAUUGUCAGCUUGAAUUGA